AUGCCUUCAGGCUUGGGAAGGAAGCGUUCAGAGGGGGCAGAGAGAGUCCUCGCCCCAAGUCUCCGUUGUCCCAGAUCUGGCCCGUGUGAAUGGCGGGCAGCCCCGCAGCAGGGGCUCAGCCCUCCGGCUCACGCCCCGCUCCUCUCGCUCCUUCCCCGGGCAGCGGAGGACGUGCUGUCGCAGGUGGAGUUCGUGCUACGGGGCCGGAGCUCCGAGCAGGGGCCGGGAGAGUACCUGUUCGAGUUCAACAGCAACAACGAGAUCUUCCACGUGGACCUGGAGAAGAAGGAGACGGUCUGGCGGCUGCCCCAGUUCCAGGAGUUCACCGGCUUCCAGGCCGAGGGCGCCCUGGCCAACAUCGCCACCGACCGCCACAACCUGGACAUCCUCAUGAGCCGCUCCAACUACACCCCGGCCCAGAACGUCCCCCCUAAGGUAAUGGUGUACUCAGAAAAGCCAGUGGAGCUGGGGGAGCCCAACGUGCUCAUCUGCCUGGCGGACGAGUUCUCACCACCGGUAGUGAAGCUCACCUGGCUGAAGAACGGGCAGAAGGUGGAGGAGCACGUGCAGGAGUCGGUCUUCUACCCCAGCAGAGACAACACCUUCUGCAGGUUCUCCUACCUGCCCUUCAUCCCAGAUGCUGAGGACGUCUACUACUGCCGGGUGGAGCACUGGGGCCUGGCCCAGCCCCUCACCAAGGAGUGGAAUGCCAACAUGGCUGAACCCCUCCCAAAGACAGGGAGAAAAGUGGUAUGUGGACUGGGCCUAGCCGUGGGCAUCGUGGGCAUCAUUGUGGGCACCGUCCUCAUCAUCAAGAGCCGGCAGAUGGACGAGGCCAACUUACGCCGGAGGCCGAUGUGA